CCAUGGGGAGGCUUGCCGGCCGAUGACGCAGCGGUGCUCCGAAAUGCGGCCGGAAUGAGUUACCGAGUAUUCCGCUUCCCUGAGCUUCAUCAGUUCAACUUUAAGUUGGCAGUUCUACUUCAACUUCCAGCCCUUCAACCACCGGCGUCGCCUCCGUAUGGCAUUCGCUGCGCCACUCUACCUUCUCAGAGAAUCGAGGGAUUACAGCUGAGGCGGCGUGUAACUGGCCCCUCUCUCGUUGCUGCCCGGCACCGUGCGUCAUGACUGUGCGCCACACCCUUGAUGCCAACCACUGGACAACAAGCAAUCCAGUAAGGUAAAGUGUCUGCACCUCUCUUCCAAUUCACAUCUACUUCUAUAUUACAUCCUUGUACACGAGUUGGUACAUGACGUUCUGAAGGGCACUGAGUUGAAGGCUACUGAUGGCCCCCGGCCAGUGUCAAGAUCUGCUUCCGUUUGUGCAUCCUAAAGGAUAGAUCAACGUCCACUGACCGGUAAGUCGACACCGCAUGUAUAAUGGCUCUUUUUUCAAGGCAAAUAUUCUGGAUUACCGCAAGUCACUCAGGAUCCGACGUGAGCAGCAGAGCCUGCGCCAGCAGACCUUGCGAAUACGGGCAUCUGUGCUCAACAUGACUUCUUUCAUGUACACGCAUCGGUCUCCUUGCAUAUACAGGAUAUACAGGGUGCCUUCGAGCUUAUUAUAGGUACAAUGAAAUAUCUUGCCCCCAAGGACCUGAAAUUUACUGCACUAGCCAAGGGCAAUGUCCUUGAAAUCUGCUACGGAAAUGUGUGUGCUGGCCUUCAUAUCGUUCCAUCUGAGCAAAGCAAGCUGGGUCAGUUGCAACAGCGAUACGACAGGCGGGCUCCGGAUCUUUGAAAUUCUCUCCUGCGCAAGCACUCGUCGUGAGCGAGCCUGCUUCGUGCAAAAGGACUCAACUGCCAGCCUCCAGCCGAUGGACUGAAUAUGCACGGAGAACGACAGUCGAGCAAAACCCUUGCAGGUUAAAUACACGCCUUGUGCGAUGUCAAUGCACGUGUGUGAGAGGGGGAACAGUCCUGGACAAACUCAGGGCCAAUUGACGGGGUGCCACUGGAAAGGGGGCCACGCUUGGCAAAUGCGGCCACUCAAAACCCGACCUCGGACUCGAGCAUACUUCAACAGAAGGAUGAAGUAUCAACCUGAGGGCUCCCAAGGGCUGUGGCCCCUAUGAUACAUUGUUCGAUCACUACCCUGUGCAGUGAUAGUUGGCAGUGAACAGCAAUCCCAUAUACUGCUCAGAGCCCUCAAUUGAAUCUAUAUGCUGUACCAGACGGAUCGUAUAAUUAUAUAUUGCGCGCUAAGAUCGGCGUUUAGCUUGAUAUUCACUGCUAGAGCGAGUAGUAAUCAAGCUGAGUUGUUCCGCUGGCUGCUCGCUCGACCGAUUGGACUUGGACUUGUGAAUUUCCACCCUCGCAUCGUGCCCGCCCAACUUAAUUCCACCGCGCUCCUUCCUCGCUUCUACCACAUCAAUGCGACCGCGACCGCGACCACAACCACGAUCAGGCUGUAGCUCUUGCCAGCCGUCGCGACACAUCAUCAUGGACGACUCAGACUCUUCCUCGUUGUCGUCAGCACCAUCAUCCGAGGAUGAAGAAAUGGUGCAACGAAUGACGAAACCUACUGGAUUGGAUCGUUAUUUCAAACCUGCGCCCAAAGAACCCUCUCCAGAGCCUCCUAAACGCGCCCCUUCGCCUCCUCACGAGUACACGCUGGCGGACAAUGAUGCCAUUGCCUUUAUUGUUAUGUUUCGGAGCAGAUUUCACGACGCGUUCCCCAAGUCCCUGCCACAUUAUGGACCGCAAGACAUUGAAAGAGGCGUUUCGGGCGAAUUACCUGACGAACAAGUUGAACGACUAUUGUGCGCAUUGCUAGGCCUGGUGCUAAACAGAAAGAAGGAUGUCGAACGAGGACACUAUGGCAGGGCUCUUGAGGACGCAGUCUCUGCGAACCAGCACCAGUGGCCUAAGGCAUGGAACGGGGUCAAUCCCCUACACGGUGGGAAGAACUUCAACAACAUGACGGCAGAAGAACGGUUGACCCUACUAAAAGCCUUGGUGUUGUGGUCCUUGAAUGCAUCAGAAGUCGUGCAAGGACUCAUCAAAGAAUCAUACAAGCAAACACGACGCGACGAUGAUCGAAAUCAGCCACGCAGUGUUCAGCCCUGGUUCACGGACCAAUAUCGGCGAAAAUAUUGGCUUAUUGAAGGACUGGAAGACUCCCAUUUCCGGAUUUACAGAGAGAACGACGGGAAAACUGCAAAGACCAAUACCUGGUUCAGCGUCGCAGGAACAAUUGACGAAGUCAGGGCACUGGCAGACAAGUUCAGCGAAGAGCAUACGUCCAAUUCCAAGUUGAACGCGGACAAGUUGCGGUCGGCAAUCCCUAGAUUUGAGGCCGGGGAAGAGAAACGCAAACGGCGCGACUAUCGCCUGGCCCGUAAAGCCGCCUUCCGCCGACCCGAGCCAGGAUUCUCGCUUUACGAGGGGCGGACCCGGGGCAAGAGGAUGAAGUACACCUUCUCGGAUGAUGAGGAUGGUUCCGAUGGACUCUCAAGCCGACGCUCCUUGCGGAAUUCUGGCUUUUCUACUCCUGGGGAUGUAGGACCUACCGUGACUGCCAGUGGCAGACAGGUCAAGUCAAGACAUGGAGGGAUCUAUGGAGAGAGCAUGCUUGUAGACCAGCGCAAAGAAUUGGAGAAGACUACCGGAGAUGAUCAUCUCACCGAGACCAGCGAAGACAUGCCUGCCACCGCGCCCAAUGGACGAGGCAUGAGAACGUCAAGAUCAGGAAGACCGGUCAAGGUGACAAGAGAGACGUACACCGAUGGCACAGACUCGGAAAGCGACGAAGCUCAAUCUUCUGGAAAAGAGUGGAGUGGAAACGAAGAUGAGCCGGACGAGGAUGAUGACGAUGAAGGAAUGAGUGACGAUGGACUGGAACCGGAUGAAGUAGAAGAGGAUGACAAUACCCAAGAGAGUCUGGUUGUGCAGCUGCGGUACCGCAAGGGUAAGGAGCAACUUCGAGAGAACCAGCAGCAAACAUCUUCAGCUCAACCUGAUACGAACGGGACCGUGUCAAGUCCUGCAAAUGGACUGGCAGAAGCCGGAAAGGCCAUCAAAGAACCGGAAUCAAAAGCGUCAAUCAACAUUGAUAGCAGUACCGCUGUGGCGGACGAGGCUAAACCCAUCGAUCCACCUCAAACGGAGCUGAGCAAUGGAGUGGCAGCACCCACCAACGGACAACAAGGUCAGGAAACAAACACUACCACGUUACACCCGCCGCCGCCGCCGCCACCGGUGUCAAAAGAAGCUCCUGUGCAGUCCAUGGACACAAGCUGAACGAGGCUCCAUCAGAAUCGGCAUGCUCAUUAUUGGAGCAACAAGGGAGAUCAGGGAUCAUCCAACUGUCAAGGUCGAUGAUGGCGAAGAUGGUGUGAUACCUGUGAAGACUGCCUUGAUCCGACGAAUUUUUGGACAACACUAUGGUGGUCUGGACAAUCUCUACAAUCUCCAGUCCCUUGCGCUGUUGGCAGUGCGAACGAACGAGCGAACGAACGAACAUCCGAUAGAGUCGAUAUGGAUGUAUAUCUCCUCAAUGUUGUUAAAACGCCUUUGGGGAGAGGACAAUACAGAAACGAUUUACAAACAGCAAACAUUCCAGGCUACUGAAAACAGUUGAUCCACGUAUUUUGCAUUGUAGUGUACUGCAGUUUCAUUGCGCUUCAUAUCUCGAUAGUAUGUGGCUUUCGGACCCUGCUCUCCCCCUCCCUGGCACGGCCUGCCCUGCUAUGUCAGAAACAGACAAGACAGAAGGGGAGCUAUGCAGUCAUGUAGCGAUCAGGCCUUUGUAUUUCGUUUCCC